AUGGCGUUCUGCUGCGUAGGAAGUCCGCUGGAUGAAAUGAAGCGGCUGGAGAAGUUGCGUGAGCGAGAUCCGGAGUCUGCAGAAAACUUAGUUGCCAACGGGAAGUUGCUCGUCGACUUUGUGCGCAAUGGGAAUCUGCGAGCAUUGCAGUGCGCAGCGGAGCAUCUCGGGGAGGGUCAAAUGCUGAUCUUUUAUGCCACAUCCUACACAGCGUCAUCGAGAACGUCGACAGUCCACAAAGUGCGGAGGCUGUGCAGCCACUUAUUCGCUUCCUUCUGGAUGCUGGUGUCGAUGUCAAUUGGCAAAGGAAGGCGGAUCUCUACACUGCUCUGCAUGUUGCAUGCUGUAAGAACUUGUACCCCAUCGCGUAUUUGCUGGUUCUUUAUGGCGCCGACGUGA